GAAGUUGGGUGAGACACGACCUGGAGCCACAAUCCGCCGGAAGUUUUAGAAUACGGAGUUUCUUCGGGCUGCGUGGUUAGGUUAUUGGUGGGUUGUAUUUAGACGGGUUAUCAAUGGACACGCAGAAGGACGUCCAACCUCCAAAGCAGCAGCCAAUGAUAUAUAUCUGCGGAGAAUGUCACACAGAAAAUGAAAUAAAAUCCAGGGAUCCAAUCAGAUGCAGAGAAUGUGGAUACAGAAUAAUGUACAAGAAAAGGACUAAAAGAUUGGUGGUUUUUGAUGCUCGAUGAAAUAUGGAAUUUGGAGGAUUAUCUUCAUUUGUACUUGGAUUUGCUAUUAAUGUUAUAUAGCUUUUGAUUAGUGUAUAUAUCUUUAUGAAUACAAAUAGCAUUUCAUUUUAAAAACCA